AUGACAACUCAACCAAUCAACCAAUCAAAUGACCGCUCAACCAAUCAACCAAUCAGCUACGAGGGAUUAGGACCUUGCCUAAUAGUCAGUCCUGCAACUGUGAUGAAACAGUGGAUUAAGGAAUUGCUAAAGUGGACCCCUCACUUCAGAUGUGUGCUCGUUCACUCGUUCUCCAAACGCGAAGAUCGGAAACAUCAGCAACCACAACAGCCACCUCUUCAUUCGACCAUUGUCGUCUCCAGCUACAACUUCAUUCUCCGAAACUGUGACACCUUCUUGAAACACCCCUGGCAUUAUGUUGUCCUUGAUGAGGGGCACAAGGUCAGAAACCCCGAUGCCAAAAUCACCCUCGUCUGUAAACAGUUCAGAACAUGUCAUCGAGUCAUCUUAUCCGGCUCUCCGAUACAAAACAACCUUAAAGAAUUGUGGUCCUUGUUCGAUUUUAUCUUUCCUGGGAAGUUAGGAACUUUGCCCGACUUCAUGACACAUUUCAAUGUUCCAAUUGUUCAAGGCGGGUAUGCCACAUCAUCAGAUAUACAGGUGGAAACGGCCCACAGAUGCGCCAAAGCCCUGCAGGAUACCAUAGCCCCCUACCUUUUGAGAAGAACGAAACAACAAGUGGCCAGUGACAUCGAACUUCCGUCGAAAAAUGAGCAGGUUCUCUUCUGUAGGCUUACCGACCUUCAGAGGGAACUUUACGAGGAUUAUUUGAAGUCAAAAGAUUGCAGGUCCAUUCUUGAAGGGCAGUCUUUGAUAUUUCCCGGUUUGAUCAAACUGAGAAAACUUUGCAACCAUCCAGACUUGUGCACCGGCGGUGGAGGUGACGAUGACGACGACGACGACGAUAAGGCACUUGGCCAUGACUCCAACAAAAAAGAUUUUAGCUUUAAGAAGGUUGGUAGUUAUGGCUUCUGGAAGGAUAGUUGUAAGAUGGUCGUGCUAAAGUCACUUCUGCCUCUUUGGAAGAAACAACAACACAAGGUUCUACUAUUCAGUCAAGGAAGACAAAUGUUGGACAUCAUAGAGCAGUUCAUUAAGCAAGAGGGAUACACCUACUUACGUAUGGAUGGCUCCACAACUAUUCAAUCCAGGCAGAAUCUCGUUUCCAAGUUCACUGAGGAUCCAUCGAUAUAUCUGUUCCUAUUGACCACUCGCGUUGGAGGGCUUGGCCUCAACCUGGCUGCUGCUAACAGGGUCAUCAUAUUUGACCCAGAUUGGAACCCCAGCACUGACACACAGGCCAAAGAGAGGGCAUACAGGAUUGGUCAGAAGAGUAACGUGACCAUCUAUCGUCUGCUCACGAUGGGUACCAUUGAAGAGAAAAUGUACCACAGACAGAUUUUCAAACAGUUCCUCACUAAUCGUGUCCUGGACGACCCCAGACAGCAGAGAUUUUUCAAGUUCAAUGACCUCCAUGACCUUUUCACACUCGGCAACGAUGACGUAACUGCCGGCACGGAAACAAGCGCCAUCUUCGCCGGAACUAGUUCCAGCGUUCGGGCGAAAAGUCUGAAGAGGAAGAUGAAAAAGAAAAAAGAACUUAAAGAAAAGAAAAAGAUGAAGAUGACGAUGAAAAGUGAGAGGAAGGUUAAAAGUGGAGAGAUUGAUGGUAAGGGAGUGGGUGGCUGGAAAAGACGAACUAGAAGUGAUACGCAGAAAAAAUAUGAUAAAAAUGAUGAUGCCAGUUACAACAAAACCAACUACAAUGAUGAUGAUGAUGAUGAUGAUGAUAACUUUGAUGAUGAUGAUAAUGAUGAAGAAAAUGAUGACAACCGUAACGAUGACAGCGAAGUUUUAAAUAAUGGCGACAAGGAUGACAAUAGUUUUAAAUCGCCUACCAUCUCCCUUGCUGUUGAUGACGUAAAGAAAAAUAAAAUGAUGGAGAUGGCUAGGCGAUUAAGUGCUAUGAUUGGUAAGCAGCAACAACCACUACAGCAGCAACAGCAGCCACUACAACCACUACAGCAGCCACUACAACCACUACAGCAGCCACAACAACAACCACAACUACAGCAGCUACAAGAACAAGACAAACAACAAAAGAUUCGUCACAGAAAACACCAUCAACACAGCAGUCAUCUUAGACAUAAGAAGAAAAAGCAUGCUGAUGAAAAAGACAUCACAAUGGAUGGCCAUGUAAUUAAAAAUUUGGUCAAAAUCAUUCCAGCCCGCUACACGACCGAUGAUGGCGAUGACGUCACUAGAAAGAGUGAUAAUAAGAAUAAAAAUUAUAACGAAAAGAGAAUUAGUAAACGUUGCGACGAUGAUGAUGAUGAUUACGUUUUGUCGAAGUUGUUCAAAAAAUCAGACGUACACAGCGUCAUGCAACACGACCGCAUCAUGAACCAGUCUCGCCCAGACUACGUGCUCGUGCAACUUGAAGCCAUUAAAGUGGCCGAAGAGGCCGUGAUGAUGUUGAAGCGGUCGCAGGAAAAUUGUCGACGCCACUCGUCAGCGACGUCUGGGCGUCUAGACGUCCAUCGUCCGACAUGGACUGGUAGAAGUGGUGAGGUCGGCGCGCCUGGGAGGAAGAGGUUUGGAGAUAAAAAGUUGGCAAAACCGAAGCCAGUCAACCCAUCGUUUCUGUCUUCACCACAAACAUCUUCUUCGUUAUCAUCAACAGUGUCAUCAUCAUCAUCACUACCUUCGUCAUCAUCAUCAUCAACAGCAACAACAUCGACGACAGCUUCAUUUUCAGCAUUUCUAUCAUCUACGUCAUCGUCGUUAUCCUCAAAAACCACUUCCUCCCCCUUACCACCAUCAUCGAGAUCAUCAUCAUCAUCGAGAUCAUCAUCGUCGUCAUCAUCCCUAUUGCGCAAUGGAAAAUUUAACGGAACGGCACUGUUUGAUGACGCUAUUCGUCACGUGAUCAGCGGAAUAUAUGGCGAUGGUAGUGAUGAUGAUGGUGGUGGUGGUGAUGAUGAUGACAAUAGUAAGACGACGAAGAUCAUAAACUGUCAAACGGUGAACAAGAAUGUGAUGCCAUCCAGCCAACUACUCUCUCUGCUGAAUGCCAGGAACACUUCGCUACGUCCUGCAAGCGCCGAUGCAGAAGACGAUGACGCUGACAACAACAACAACAAUGAUAAUAAUAAUAACAACAAUAACAACAUAAAUCUCGCUAGCAACAAUCCCAGCAACAAUUUAACCAACGACAGCAGUUUCUCAGAUGUUUACCGGUCCAAAUCAGCCACAGCAAUCGGCAGCAGCAGCAGCGCCACUGAGGACCCAGGCCACUUUGGCCUUGAACUUGCCGCCGAGAUAAAAAGAUUUGUAAACAGAAGCACGUACAGCGACUGCACACAUCAGGCGAGUUCCGAGCAACUGGUGAAGUACUUUAAAAAUAAAAUCCAUCCAUCCCAGUCGGCCAUCUUUAAGGAGAUUUUGAAGAGGGUUUGCUCUUUUAAGAAGGUCCAAGGCGUCGGGGUUUUUUAUAUUAAAAGUGGAUUUAAGUCUUGAUGACUUAGUGUGUGUUGUGUGUGUGUGUGUGUGUGUGUGUGUGCGCGCGAAAUACUAACUGAUCUUCAUUUAAUGCUAAUUAACAUCCGGAAUUUCAACUUAUCAAUCAAUCAAUCAAUCAAUCAAUCAAUCAAUCAAUCAAUCAAUCAAUCAAUCAAUCAAUCAAUCAAUCAAUCAAUCAAUCAAUCAACCAACUGUGCUGCUUGCACAUUAGUUCGCGCGUUUUAUUAAUGCUUCACAAUUAACAUCGAUUCUGAUCUUAAAGUUGAUGACGGCCACUACGUUUUUAAUGUCUGCUGAUGUCAGUGAUGAUGUCAUUUAUAAUAAUUGUCAUGGGAUAGUAAGCAACAGCAGCAGCACGAACAGUUUCACGAGAUAACUCGACAACAGUUUUACUUCAUUUUUUUUCCUUGCUUUCUGCAUUUUAAAUUCAUUUUAGAUUCAUUCGUACAUCUCAGAAGGUUUUAUAUUGCGAUGAAAGAAAAUCGAAUGAUAAAUGA